AUGUGGAGCGACAACAACAAAAUAACCGGGGUUGAAACAACGACGGAUCAAGAUACGACUACAGAAGAAAAAACAACGACUGAAUCUGUGACCACUACUGCCGACGAGACUACUACCAAAGAAGCCACCACCAUUCAAUCAAAGACUACGACGGUCUCAAUUAUCGAUAAAACGACAACUGAGGAGACGACUGAUAAAGCCACAACUCAAGAAGCUGCCGAUGCAACAACAGCGGAUGCGACGGAAGCUGCAACAGAUCCGAAUGAAACCACUGAAGCCAAAAUUGAUAAAGCUACAACUCAAGAUGCUGCCGACGCAACAACUGCGGACGCGACGAAAGCUGUGACAGAUCCGAAUGAAACCACUGAAGUCAAAACUGACAAAGCUACAACUCAAGAUGCUUCCGAUGCUACAACUGCGGACGCGACGAAAGCUGUGACAGAUCCGAAUGAAACCACUGAAGUCAAAACUGACAAAGCUACAACUCAAGAUGCUUCCGAUGCUACAACUGCGGACGCGACGAAAGCUGUGACAAAUCCGAAUGAAACCACUGAAGCCAAAAUUGAUAAAGCUACAACUCAAGAUGCUGCCGAUGCUACAACUGCGGACGCGACGAAAGCUGUGACAGAUCCGAAUGAAACCACUGAAGCCAAAAUUGAUAAAGCUACAACUCAAGAUGAUGCCGAUGCAACAACAGCAGAUUCGACGGAAGCUGUGACAGAUCCGAAUGAAACCACUGAAGCCAAAACUGACAAAGCUACAACUCAAGAUGCUUCCGAUGCUACAACUGCGGACGCGACGAAAGCUGUGACAGACCCGAAUCAAACAACAGAAGCAACAAGUGAUAAGACAUCUGACAAACAAACACAGUCGGUUACAGCAGAAGCUGUUACAAGUGAGACUUCGGAAUCCUCUGAUGCUGUGACAGAUGAAGAAACGAAUAAAUCCGAUGCACCGACAGAUGAAGUCACUGAACAAACGUGGACAGGCGGCGUUACCGAUCCAAACGGAUCAAGUGGUGAAACGACAAUACGCUUUGAAUUCCCCACUGAUCCAACGGGUAAUGAUAUGGAAACGACGAUAUUCAAAGAUUCAACUUACAAUCCGGAUGAUUGUAUUGAGCCGGUAACAACACUUGAGCCAGGAACAUUAGGAACUCUCUUCCCAGGAGGCGGAGGUGGUGGAGGCGGUGUGGAACCAAUGACGUUCCCAAUGGAAACACCGACUGCUAUGCCUGGUUACUUCGCCUUACAUCACGAGUACGACACCAAUGGAUUCUACCACGUCGGAUACCUUGUCAUCAAGUACAACAGAUAG